AUGAGUAUGGCUAACUCGUCAGAUCUCAUUUUCAGUCCGCGAGACACAUUGACGAUUCGAGUGUCAGAGAGUGAGCCAGCGGAGACCGCCCUGAAAAUAUCGAAUCCCACGUCUGAGCACAUCGCUUUCAAGGUCAAGACCACGUCCCCAGAGCGUUAUCUUGUAAAGCCAAACCAUGGAUUAAUUAGAUACGGGCGCCAAACUGAAGUAACAAUCAUCAUAGUGCAUACGAAAAAGAAAGAUAUCCUCACCGAGGCACUAACCAGUCCUGCAAAUUGCAGGGACAAGUUUCUGGUACAAAGUUUGGGGAUUGAUGCCAUACUCGCUGAUGAACUUGAGUCUAAAACGUCACUUGAGCUCGCAGAUGCAAUAACUCAGCUCUUUGUAAAGAAAGACAAAUUCAAAUUGCAAGCGAAGAAGCUGCCUGUUGAACUACUACUUGACGACCCCCCUAGAAAGGAUGGCUCUGGGGUGGAAAAAGGCCACAUCUCCGUGGGUAAAUCACCUGAAUUGACAAACUCAAGAUUGAUGCCUGGGACCCCUGAGGCCAUGUUUGCGGAAAUAGUGGCUCUACGCAAAAAGUAUGAUGAUCUUGUGGCUUUUACAGUAAAUCUAACAGCCGAACGUGACAGUAUGUCUCUGGACUUACCGAACUCUCAUACUUGCCCCGAGGGAGUGCCGCAAGAUAAAACUGCAUCCUUUGGUGGCUCAUCCUUGAACGCUGAGAGACGCGGUAUGGAUAGUGAUAUGCCUCCAGCCUCUUCAAUGACAUCAGUCAUCUCCAUUUCACUUAUUUCAUGUCUAUUCGGCUGGUGCUCUUCGCAAUUGGUCCGUCAGUGUGGAUCAUAG